UGCUCUUAGUUCACAAACCGCUGGAUGCUUGGGUAGUUAGGCUGUCCCACUGUGAGAUUUCCCUGCCUGAAGCAUUGUUUUUCUUUGCAUGGAUACACUAACUUCAGGUCAGUUUAAACCACAUUUUCUGUCCCUAAUUUGGACUUUUAAGCGUUCAAGGAUUAGUUUCUCCAGCUAGAGAGUUGUUUUCCUGUUGAUGGAGCGGUCUAACCAAGAUGGACACGGGCUGUCUGCCGGGGGGAGUCUAGAUAAAGGUUUAAUGUAACAUUACAACCCGCUGGAUGUAGCCGAACUGGGCCGUUUCCACCCCAGAGGUCACGAGUCUAGAAUGAACAUUUUCCCACUGGAGUUUCGGUAAACUUUUUUCCUUUCUCACGACUCGCCAUGUCGGGAGUGGUCCGCACCCUGAGCCGCUGCCUGCUCCCGGCCGAGGCCAGCCGGGACCCGGGCGGCAGCAAGGAGGGGAGCCGGCAGAGGGACGCGGCGCAGGAGCGGGAGGCGAGGCGCAGGAGCCGGGAGAUAGACGCCAUGCUGGCCCGGGAGAGGAGAGCCGUGAGGCGUCUGGUGAAGAUCCUCCUCCUCGGGGCCGGAGAGAGCGGAAAGUCCACAUUCCUGAAGCAGAUGCGCAUCAUUAACGGACAAGAGUUUGAUCAGAAAGCGCUCCUGGACUUUCGGGACACUAUCUAUGAAAAUAUACUGAAGGGCACGCGUGUGCUGGUGGACGCCCGGGACAAACUGGGCAUCAGCUGGGAGAGCUGUGAAAACGAGAAGCAGGGCAUGCUGGUGAUGUCGUGGGAGGGACGCGUGGGCACCUCGGGGGUCAAGCCGAGCGAGUUCCACCUGUACGUGACGGCGCUGAGGGCACUCUGGACAGACGCAGGCAUACAGGAGGCCUACACGCGGCGCUCAGAGUUCCAGCUGAGUGAGUCAGUCAAAUACUUCCUGGACAACUUGGAUAGGAUCGGGCAGCUGAAUUACACUCCAAGCAGGCAGGACAUUUUGUUUGCCCGGAAAGCCACUAAAGGAAUCGUCGAGCACGACUUUAUCAUCAAAAAGAUCCCUUUCAAGAUGGUGGACGUCGGCGGUCAGAGGUCGCAGAGGCAGAAGUGGUUUCAGUGCUUCGACGGGAUCACGUCGAUACUCUUCAUGGUGUCUUCGUCAGAGUACGAUCAGGUUCUGAUGGAGGACCGCCGGACAAACCGCCUGGUGGAGAGCAUGAACAUCUUCGAGACCAUCGUCAACAACAAGCUCUUUCUGAACGUGUCCAUCAUCCUCUUCCUCAACAAAACGGAUCUGCUGGUGGAGAAGAUCCGCGUGGUGGACAUCCGCAAGAACUUCCCCGAGUUCAGAGGAGACCCACGCCGGCUGGAGGACGUGCAGACAUUCCUGGUCCAGUCGUUCAGUCGGAAGAGGAGAAACAGGGCGAAGCCUCUUUUUCACCACUUCACCACUGCUGUAGAUACGGAAAACAUACGCUUCGUUUUUCACGCCGUCAAGGACACCAUUCUGCAGGAAAACCUGAAAGACAUCAUGCUGCAAUGAUGUACGCACCGCCCCUGCGGCCUGCAACUGUGAAUCCAAACUCGGACGGCUCCCCCACUCCAGCCUAAGAGUUUCUAUAUUACCACUGACUCGUUGACCUCUGCUGAGUGGAUUUAACUGAUCUUUAAAACCUGUGGAGCCGUGAGCUGACUGCAGACUUGUUGAUCUGCCGGCCCCUGUGGAGAACCUGCAUUUAACGACAUAAAGAGAGUAAAAAAUGUAGAGGGAAGCAACAGCUGCGCGGCGGGAGCGCUGAAAGUGUUUCACCUUUUCUGUACAUAAAAGACUAAUGACAGGCUUGUCACUAAAUCCCGUCAGACCGCUGGCUGACGAAAGGCGGCUCGAGGUGUCGGGCAGAAUAAAGACGGAUGGGAAAGUCCACGUGACGGGGCGGGGUGGGGCUCUAACUGGUCAUAUGCUGCAUUGUGUGAUAAGGUUGUCCUCCUGUCGGUGAACUCCAACAAAAGGAAGAGAGGCUUCACAUCUCCGUGCGUUGUACUCCCUCACUCCCACGCCACACGAGAUAACCAGCUGCAGAGACGAAGCCGUCUUCUUCUAAUCCUCACAAUAGAUGGCCUGUUCAUCUCCUCCCUCUGCAGCACAAACGGCAGACGUACAAGUUAAAGGCUCAUCUUUGUUUAAACACACACACACACACACACACAUCUGGGUUACUUAGGGUUCGGCUGUAUCCCUGUUGCCCCUUUUCCCACCAGUUUCCUGUUGAAUACCAACCUUCUACUACACCACAGACUUCACUCCAGGCAGUUUUGAAGUAUUUACGAGAUUAUUUUUUUUUUGCCGUACGGUUGCGAGUGUUCCUGUUCUGUUUGUGAAACAUGACGGGAACACAAGAAAAAUGACGCAGCUGAACUGUAAAUAACCUCUUUCUCGUGUUCCUGGUGGCUGAUUUAGACUUCUGAGAAGCACUUCUUAUAAAAAAAAAUAAGAUAAUAUUAGACAACCUGAACGAGCCGAGCUGAACGAAAUCACAGAGGAGUUUCUAGUGAGAUUUUUAAUUUUACUUUUAUUAUGCUAAUAAGAGCCACAGAAAAUGAAAAGGCCAGUUGCUAUAACACGUUUCAGAUUCGACUCGACCGUCUGUCGGACGGUAACCUGUAAUGCUGCUGAGUCCCAAAACAAAAACCCGGCCACACACACAGAGAUCCUUUCUUAGGGAAUUACUGGAGUCAUCUGCUUUUCUCAGAAAAGAUCACUUUCGAAGUUCCCUGUGAAAUUAAUUUUAUUUAUUUAAAAAAUUUUGCAACGUUUUGGAGCAGCAGAUUAUCAGCACUGAUGAGUAUUUUUGCAUGAGUUACUAAAACAGAGGAAGGUUGUGACGUGAUGAAGCCAGAUUACCGCGACCUGAAGAUUUCAGUGUCUGCAGGGUGUGUGUUUUAUAUUCACACUUCUCAUAUUAGACUAAGUAGAGAAGGAUCUAGCAGCUAAAGAGGUUGAUCAUUUCAUACAAACUGCUGGAGAAUUUUAAAAAAAUACAGUAAAAUCAAGCUUUAAUGUUUAAGAUGCACCGAUUCUGGUUUAAAGGCCGAUACCGAUUUCCUAUUUUUACAGGUUAUGACCCCAGACAUAGAACAUGGGAGAUCUGUUGUUACUAGCAUGAAUUAGGUGCAGGGUCCUGCACCUGCCAUUGAUGUCAUCAUCAUAUGGCAAUAGCACUCGGCUAAAAUAUAUUGCUUCUCCUUUUUGAUUCUGUUCUUUCACAUGUUUUGUAAAGAGUUUAGCAGUUUUGUAAUUGAAUUCGUGUUUCUAUUGUCUAAAUGGUUUUGAACGUGGUAACACAACUCCCGUAAGUUGUACAUCCAGCCAAUCAUCUAGAGUGGCAUCAUCAACAGGCACAGGACCCUGAGCUGGCCAGAAGGAAACAUGGCGUCUAAUAUGGCGUCCCCCAAAGACGCUAGACUCAUGCCCUAUGUACUUUAGACCUGAUUCUAAUGGAAAUAUGGUACGAAGCCACUAAUAUUUUUUAACAACUGGACAUAAUUUUAUUCAUUUUCAACAAAGUUUUGAUGGAUAUUUCCAGGGAAUAACUGUUAAAAACUACAUAUUGUCCCUUUAAUUAUACACCACCCUAAUGCAUUGCCCUAAUCAGAACAUUUAAAGCAACACUAAAUACAUUUUCUGCUUCUCUCUCCUGGUUGAAAAGGGAGUUUCAUCCCUGCUGUGGGCUUCUGUAAGCUAGUGCUAACAUUGAGCUAACGCUAACACAAGCCAACUGAUACUAAAGACUUUACAAAAUAAAAAGAUCCACACAGUUGGACAAAAAAUAUGAUUACUUACAAGUUCAGUAGCAACAAAGCCAGGUCACCAUCAGUGUGUGGUUUCAUAGUCUCCUUCAGCUCCCUGAAACUAGCGUUGGCCACGUUGAUGUUCACUAUGGUUUUAGCUCUUUGCUUCUCCUUCAAAACAUUAGUUGCUUACUUUUACCUCCAGGCUCCACCAUGAUGCAAAGCAAAAAAGCAGACCGUCAUUGAACUGAAAAAACUAACUGCUAGCCUUUAUAUUAGCUAUCAGUAGAAUAAGCAGCUACUGCUGUUAUGCAGGUAGAGAGCUCCACUUACCUACCUGCCCCACAAAACUGCUAAGUGUGGUUUCUAGUCAGCAGAGGGCUGAAUGUUGCCAUCCCAUGUGAGGUUGGUCAAGUUUAUGGCUAAAGAACCACUGAAACCAGUUUAGUGUUGCUUUAAUCCCCUCCACCCUAGUUCAACCUUCUCAGACCCGUCAUGUCACAUUAAAGACGCUUUUCAGGUUUUUGCGAUGCACUUGUGUGAACAAAAUCUUCAACAUGUUCAACACCGAGUAGAGUUUACCAACUCUGUAGCAAGAAAUUAGCAGGCCGCUGAAAUAGGAGCUAGGUCACCUGAUUUGAGUCCAGGCCCUGCUCUUUCCAGCAGAGCCACAAAUGAAAUGGUUUGAUAAGAAGAUGCUGAUCAGACACAACUUCCAUCUGCUCGGCCUCGAGGAGAAUAAGAUAAAAAACACAAGCACGGCCACUCAUGUCAUUAUAAAACUGUGUUUGCGUGCCUGUGUUCCAGCUUCCUGUACAUUGAUGAAUACUGUAGAUUUCUGACUGGCACUGUGUACAAACACCACUAACAGCUGUAACUGGUUUGUUUGUAAACCAGCCUUUUCUAGUCACGCUUAUUUUGUAGCUGUAAUUUUGUGUGUCAUUGCACUGGAUGUAUUUGUUAGUAAAUAAACAGGCUCGGACUUUUAAAGAGGAGCAGGAAGCAAAGACUUUGUUUGUGUUUGUUUCCCAGAGCCUUGCCUUCUGCGCCCUGUGGUGAAAUACACGACCAUUUGCUGA